AUGAAAUCCUUCGUAGCACUCCUCACCCUUGUGGCCGUCGCUGCCGCUGAUGUUUCCCACCUGGACGCGGCUGCCCAGAUUGUCAGCCAGGACGCUGAUGUCUUCCCCGACCAAUACCAAUACAGUUACCAGACCUCCAACGGUAUCCAGGGCCAAGAACGCGGAGCAUUGAAGAACGUCGGCCGUGAGGACGAAGCUAUUGAGGUCCAAGGAUCAAACUCCUACGUCGGUCAAGACGGUCAGACUUACUCUGUACAAUACGUCGCCAACGAAAACGGAUACCAACCCCAGGGUGCUCACCUCCCCACUCCUCAGCCAAUCCCCGAAUACAUCUUGAGAGCUCUUGAAUACAUCGCAUCUCGCCCACCAGUUGAUGCCAAGAGGGCUUAA